AUGGGUCAAAAUCAAAAACACACAGUAACCUCUCUCUCUUCUAAGCGUACUGCUUCGACUAACAAUAACUCUUCAACACCUUUCAAACCUUCAAAUUUGCAUUCCAUCAUGAACCUUGAUCUUUCUCAACGUUUCACUUCACUUGAUUCCGAUUCGAUCUUUUAUCUCGUUUCUUAUAAUCCUGCAUUAUUUUCAGAUGGAAUCAAUCCUGGAAUUGGAAUUUCAAGAAUUGUCGAUGCUGAUGGAAAAGUGUUACAAGAGGAUGAUGUAUCAAAAAAAUCAUCAUCACGACAGAAUGAAAGAAGUUUUGAUAAGAAUGCUGUGAAAUUGGUAUUACAUUCGAAAACGAUUGUCAAAGUGUGCAGUGGAAGAUUACAUACUCAUUUGUUGACUCAUGAUGGAAAGAUUUUAAGUUUUGGUUCUAACAAUCAUGGACAAUUAGGAUGUGGUAAAUUUGGAAGUAUUCCAACAAGUUAUGGAGUGGUACCAGCAGUGGGUGACAUUGAAAAUACGUUUGUUGUGGAUGCAGCUGGAGGAGGAUAUCAUUCCAUUUUUCUCACACUAGAUCAUCGAGUAUUUACAGUUGGUAACAAUGGUGGUUGUCAAUUGGGAACUAAUGAGUUUUCUCAACGAGCCAUUCCCUAUGAAGUUGUCAAAUCAAAAUUCGAUCAUAGAACUGUGAUUGCAUGUUCGGCUGGUGAUUCUCACAGUUGUUUCUUGACCUUGUGUGGACAUGUGUAUUUUGCUGGCAGUAAUAGUAAUGGAUGUUGUGUGGGAUUAAAAUCUUUAGAUCGACCUCUCUUAUUAGUGAAUGAUUUACUGAGAAAUGAAAUGCCCACUCUCAUCACUUGUGGUUAUGAUAAUACAGUGAUUGUGUGUCAGAGUGGAAAAGUAUUUGGAGUUGGUUGCAAUUCAUGUGGUCAACUUGCGGUCAAGGAACAAGAACAUGAAAAUUUCUCUGAUUUAAGACCUGUCUUCUUUGGAAAGGAUGAUGUCACAUGGGCAAGUGCAGGUUAUUUCUGUAGUGCCAUCCAAACGACAAGUGGGGAUUACUAUUAUGCUCCUGCUUCACACAAGGAUAUGGCAUGUUUAGGAAGCAUCUUUCCCAAACAACAUUCCAUCAUGUCGAUGCAUGCUGGAGAUUAUGUUCUCUGGGUCACCAAUGAAAUGCAGGAAAAUCAUGAACGAUGUGGUAAAAUCUAUGGCAUUACGAGUGGAGCUCCAACAGAUAUUACUGGAGAGUUUUGCCUUACUGACACAUCCACAAGUGUUGGAAUUAGUGCUCAACGUGACUUGUUUAUCAUUUACUUUACAGGUGUGCCAACUCAUGUCAUGAUUGCUCGUCAUUUUGGUCAUCUCUCUCAAAUUGUCUGUCAUGUGAUUGGAAAAGGACGUUAUUAUAGUGAGGAUAACAAUAAUCUGUUCUCAGAUAUAACCAUUGUGCAUGCCAAAUAA